AUGAUGUCUUAUCUUAAGCAACCACCUUACGCAGUCAACGGGCUGAGUCUCACCACCUCCGGGAUGGAUCUUCUGCAUCCGUCUGUCGGGUACCCAGCCACCCCUCGGAAGCAGCGGAGGGAGCGCACCACUUUCACCCGGGCGCAGCUAGACGUCCUGGAAGCUCUCUUCGCCAAGACACGCUACCCAGACAUCUUCAUGCGGGAGGAGGUUGCGCUCAAAAUCAAUCUCCCGGAGUCCAGAGUCCAGGUGUGGUUCAAAAACCGGAGGGCCAAGUGCCGCCAACAGCAGCAGCAGCAGCAGAAUGGGGGCCAGAACAAAGUGAGGCCAGCGAAGAAGAAAAGCUCUCCAGCCCGAGAAGUGAGUUCAGAGAGCGGGACCAGUGGGCAGUUCACGCCUCCAACCAGCACCUCGGUUCCUGCCAUCUCCAGCAGCAGUGCCCCAGUGUCCAUCUGGAGCCCUGCUUCCAUCUCCCCACUCUCUGACCCCCUGUCCACCUCUUCUUCAUGCAUGCAGAGGUCUUAUCCUAUGACCUACACUCAGGCUUCUGGCUACAGCCAAGGGUACGCUGGCUCAACCUCCUAUUUUGGAGGCAUGGACUGUGGGUCUUAUCUAACCCCUAUGCACCACCAGCUGCCCGGACCAGGGGCUGCCCUUAGCCCCAUGGGCACCAAUGCCGUUGCCAGCCAUCUCAACCAGUCUCCGGCUUCACUCUCCACCCAGGGCUAUGGGGCUUCAAGUUUGGGGUUUAACUCGACUACUGAUUGCUUGGAUUAUAAGGACCAAACAGCCUCCUGGAAGCUAAACUUCAACGCUGACUGCUUGGAUUAUAAAGACCAGACGUCCUCCUGGAAGUUCCAGGUUUUGUGA